AUGAGCUGUCAGAGAAUCAGUCAUAAGCGGCUGUCUCUGCUAUGGGAGGGGGCGGCUCUCAGCCUCUGGCUCUGCUGCUGCUGGACCUCCAGGGCCGCCACCGCAGCCGCCUCUGGAGCCACAGCCGCCGGCCAGAGCGACGGCGCCCCCGGCUCCCUGGGCUGGCUGCUGUCGGAUAAAGGGCCCUUCCAGCAGUCCCUGGAGUUCACGGAAGCUGCGGAGAGGUACCAGCAGGGCUUCAGCACCAGAUACAAGAUCUAUAGGGAGUUUGGUCGAUGGAAGGUCAACAGCCUGGCGGUGGAGAAGCGGGACAGUUUUGGUGGCAGCGGCGGUUUGGCUCUGCCCCUCGACCCCGACUUCAUGCACACCAUCCGCCAGCUGGGGAGGCGGCCAACCCUCCAGACGAUUACAGAGAGUCUAAUCAAGAAAUAUGGCACCCACUUCCUCCUCUCUGCCACUCUGGGAGGGGAGGAGUCUUUGACGAUAUUUGUGGACAAAAGGAAGCUCAGCCAGGAGUCUUCGGCCUCGGGGCCCGAGGGCAGCCGAGGCAGCAGCAGCAGCAGGAAGUCGAAUGCAACGGGGACGGUGACCCUCGAAGCCCUCCACCAGCUGGCUGCUUCCUACUUCACAGACAGAGAGAGCACCCUGCGCAGAUUGCACCACCUCCAGAUCGCAUCCUCCGCCAUACGGGUGACUGAAACCAGAACUGGGCCACUCGGAUGCAGCAACUAUGACAAUCUGGACACUGUGAGCUCGGUGCUGGUUCACAGUCCAGAAAACAAGGUUCAGCUGCAAGGACUGCAGGUCAUCCUACCGGAGUAUUUACAGAGCCGCUUCAUUCAGGCAGCUCUCGACUACAUUGGCUGUAAAUCCGAAGGCCAGUUUGUUUGCCAGAAGAGCGACUGCUGGUGCGAGUGCAGCGCGGACUUUCCGCAAUGCAACUGCCCCCACUCAGACUUGGACACUCUGGAGAACAACCUGCUGCGCAUCAGAGACGCCUGGAGGCUGACCAACCAGGAGUUUGAAGAGUCUGAGGAGUUCCAAAGCUUUGUUGGGAAACUGCCAGCCCAUUACGCUGUAAACACAUCUGUCGUGGAACACUUGUGGAGGACGGAUGCCAGCCUGCUCCAGCGCUACAGGCAGCUGGAGACCAGUAGCAACCAGCUUUUCACCAAAGCUCGCCGCACCACUAACAAGCUCUUCAGCCUUAGCAAGAGGUGCCGAAAACAUCCGAAAAUAAUCCUGCAGAGGCCGAGGCCUCUGCACUUCUGGUUGAGCUACGCUCUCUCCAUUUUGUACUGCAGUGAGAACAACCAGGUCGGCGUCUACAGCGAUGGGAGUCGCAGCUGCUCCUGCCCCUACAACCACCCUCCCUGCCAGGGCCUCAUUCCCUGCUCAGUGGGCGACGGUCCACGCUGUGCCUCCUGCUCCGCGGAGAACCGAACGCGAUGCUCCAGCUGUAACCCCGGCUUCACCCUGACCCAGGGAGCCUGCCGGCCCGCCGUGCCCGACCCCACCGACCCCUACCUGGGUUUGGAGAGCGAUAGAGACCUGCAGGAUCUGGAGCUGCGCUACCUGCUGCAGCGGCGUGACCCUCGCAUCUCUCUGCACGCCGUGUUCGUGAGCAACGACGUGCGCGUCAACACUUGGUUCGAUCCCUCCUGGAGGAAACGGAUGCUGCUCACCCUCAAGAGCAACCGGGUGAAAUCCAACCGAGUUCAUGUGCUCCUCGGACUCACCUUGCAGUUUUGCCUCACCAGAAACAGCACGGUGGAGCCGGCGCUGUCGCUGUUUGUGAACCCCUUUGGAGGAAGCCAUUCAGAGAGCUGGACCAUGCCUAUAGGUCAGCACGGAUACCCCGACUGGGAGCGGACCAGGCUGGAUAUCCCCUUGGACUGCUAUAAUUGGACGUUGACUCUGGGAAACAGAUGGAAGAGCUUUUUUGAGACGGUUCAUUUUUACCUGAGGAGUAAUAUCAGGGACGCUGUGGGAGCGACGGGCGGAAACAAGAACGUGACGCUGUACUACGAGUCUCUGGAGGCGGCCGAGCCGUCCAACAACAUCGGCUACAUGAAAGUGAACAGCAUGCAGCUGUUCGGGUACAGCGUGCACUUUGACCCUGAGGCGAUCCAGGACCUGAUUCUGCAGAUAGACUACCCGUACACUCAGGGAUCGCAGGACUCGGCCCUGCUGCAGCUGGUGGAGCUGCGCUACAGGGUUAACCGCCUCUCGCCUCCAGGGGCCCCGCACGUGGAUCUGUUCGCUUGUCUGCUCCGCCACAGACUCAAACUGUCCAGCGCAGACGUGACCAGGAUACUCACUGCCCUGCAAGCUUUCAGUGCCAGACAACCAAACUACACGGAGUACGAGGCGAAUAAACUGUGCAGCUAA